UCAGUGAAAAAAAACGAAUGAUCAAAAUAAAAUUACUUAGAAUUUCUAUGUAGAUUUGGUGGCGCAGAACGAUUUCUUCUUGUGCAUUUUCGUGACGAAGAUAAUCGAAGAUUACGUGUUUCCAAUUCAAGUAUCAAGCAUAGAUUAAAAAACGCAAUGCUUAAUGGAAUUGAAUUAUGGAAGAAAACGUUUAAAUAUAUAGGUGCAAGCACAGGUCAAAUGAAAGAAAUGGGAUUUUGGUUUAUUGAUCUACCUCCGGAUUUGAAAGAUAUGAAAGACGCACGUGAUCUAUUAGGAAAGUUUGAUAAUAUAAAAAAUAUUGCUACAUAUAUUGCUCGUGUUGGUCAAUACUUUUCCACCACAUGGCCUAUUGGUAUUAAGUUGGUUAAAGUAGCAAACAAAAGUGAUAUACGUUCAAAUUAUGAAGCAUAUUAUGUUUAUGAAGAGAACGAUAUUAAGAGAAACGAUGGCAAAGGAAUUGAAUAUUGUUUUACGGAUGGUAUUGGUAAAAUAUCAUGGGGUUUAGCUGGACGUGUAGCUCAACAAAUGAAUAUUCCCUUAUACAGCAAAGAAGAUAUUCCAUCAGCGUAUCAAAUACGCGUCGCUGGCUGUAAAGGUAUGGUGGCUAUUGAUCCAGAAUCGACAUUGAAUGACUAUUAUAUUUCUGUACGAGGUUCAAUGAUAAAAUUUCCUAGUGAUGAUUGGAAUCUAGAAAUAUGUGAAUUCGCUCGACCUAUGACAUUAACAUUAAACAAUCAAGUAAUUCGUCUUCUGAGUGAUUUAGGAAAUCAUGAUGAUGUAUUUUUUGCUUUUCAAAAUCGAGGAUUUAGUCAAUGGGAAGUGCCUGAAGAUCAACAACCGAGUGCGAUCGAUAUCGCAGUACAGAAAAAUGCGUCUUAUUCAUUAUCAAAAGAUAAUUUAAUUACAAAUCGUAUACCUAUUCCGCCAGAAGACGGUCGAAAUUUAUUUGGUAUAGCAGACGAAACUGGUGAAUUGAAAUAUGGUGAAUGUUUUAUACAAUGCUCUUCAUUAGAUGCAGCAAACAAUGGUCAACGAAAAUUUCGCGUGAUUACUGGCACCGUCCUCGUUACAAAAAAUCCAUGUCUAUGGCCCGGUGAUUUUCGUCAAUUACGAGCUGUUCGUAAUCAUAAAUUAGAAGAAUGUAUGCGUGAUGUUAUCGUAUUUCCAAUUAAUGGCCAUCGUCCACAUUCAAAUGAAAUAGCUGGCUCUGAUUUAGAUGGUGAUCAAUAUUGGGUUUAUUGGGGUGAUCGUUUAAGAAUAGAACAGAAUGUUGAACCAUUAUCAUAUGAAGGAGCAAAAAAAACAGAAGUAUCAUUAAUUACCCAAGAGAUCAUUGUUAAUCAUAUUGUUGAAUCAUUUGGAGCUGGUAUCAUUUUGGGUAUGAUUGCAAAUACUCAUACUGUUGUUGCAGACCAACACAAAGAACAUUCGUUCUCUAAACCUUGUAAAAAAUUAGCUGAAUUAUUUGCACUUGCUGUUGAUUCACCUAAAACCGGGAAAUUUGUUGAUAAGGCGGAAAUCCGACCAUUUCAAGCAGAAUAUUGUAAAAGUUGGCCAAAAUAUAUGAGAAAAUUUGGUGAACCAUCAUACAAAUCAAUGAGUGUUCUAGAAAAACUUUUUUCAAAUGCUGUAGAAAAAUAUUAUAAAUGGCACGAAAAACCAGUGAUUAAUACAUUUCCACAAAAAAUGGGAGCUAUUAAAGGUGCAACAACAAGAGAAAUUCAAGAUCAUAAGUUUAAAAAAUGGCUUGACAGAGAGAGUUAUAAAGAAACUGUGAAUCCAAAGAAGCCUCAGGGAAAACUAGUUAAAGAAUCUGAUAAUAAUGAAUCAUCAGAUACUAGUUUAGCUACUACACUGAAAAAAACUACCAAACUUUCUACAACAGCAACAACAGAUAAUUUACAAUCAGAAACGAAAAAACUUACUAAUAAAUUAUCGGAAGAUACACCGAAUCGGCCAGAAACACCAGUAAAACCAAAAUCUACAACAAAUCGAAAAACAAAAAAUACUUCUGAUGAAGAAAAGCCUAAUAUACUAAUAAAUUCUGACGUUUCAGCAUCUGUUGCUUCAUCACUGGCCUCAUCUUUAACAAUCCUGAAUAGCGAUUCGUGUCAACCCGAUUUUCUCAUGGCUGUUGAUACAAAAACUUCAACUCUAAGUGUUCUACAAUUUUCCCCCGUCGCUGGAGCUUCUACGUACACAGUUAAUCUAAAUAAAGAAACAACAAGCACUCCUGAUCGAGACGUGAUAGUAGGUAAAUUAAUAUCCUAUAUAGAAAAACAGAAUGUUUUCAAGAAAAAAUCAUCUCCGUACAAUGAAGCAAUCCAUGGAUCACUUUAUUUAAUGGUCUUCUAUGGCGAUAUAAAUUUUGUUGAACAAAAUUCAAUGCCUCAGAAACUUGGUGUAUUAGAAAAGCUUAUUGAAGAAAAAGAUGAUCAAUUUAUUGAUUUUAAACAUGCCGACAUCAAUCGUUUACGCAUCCAAAGAGUAUCAUCGUCAACAACAACGAAAAAUAAAAUGGAUUAUGAAUUUGAUUUUCGUUUAACUUUAACUUCGUCAGAAUAUUACACAUUGUUAUAUGAUAAAAACAAAACUCUGCGACAAAUACGUCUCUAUCAUUUAUGGUCGAAAUGUUAUGUACGUCAACCAGGUUUUAAUAUGGAUAGUUUAUAUGAAAUUCGUUCUAUUAUAACACAUGAUGUAGGCUCAUCGGAAUUUAAUAGAAUUGUUGAUUUAGUCUUACGAACUCAAUCAACUGGAUUAUUCGAUGGUCGUAAACCAAAUAUUAAAAUAAAUCGUAGUCUUCUUCACUCGUCAGUCGUACCAAUCAGUCUCAAAGUUAUUGAAGAAGAUCAAGAAACUCGAAUAUAUCCAUUAACAUCUGAAGCUUUCUAUCGAAAGGUAAAAUAUGUAUCAAUAGAUGAACAACAAGAUAAACCGAAAGUAACCUCAACCAUGGAAUAUCAUGUCUCACCGAUUAGUAAGGACCAAGACAUGUUAAAACAAGUCUGUGACUUUGCUUUGUUACCGACAGAGGAAUAA